GGACAGAGCGGACGGGACGGGGCGUGUCUGCGAUCGCUGCUUAAGUACCCGCCGGGAAGGGGGAGCAGCAGCAGCAGGUGCCUGGUGGCGUAGAGCGGCCGAAGCCUUUGCGGCGCCGUCGAGGAACCGUUCAGCCGCCGCCUGCCAUGGCUCUCCCCAGCCGGCCCCGCUCCUACAGCCGCAGCGAGGUGCGGCAGCGCUGCUCCAAGGGCGACUGCCUGGUAGUCACAGGCAGACGCCUCUACGACGUGUCGGCCUUCGUACAGCUCCACCCGGGCGGGCCGGAGCUGCUGCUGGAGCGGGCUGGUACCGACGUGAGCGCCGCGCUGGACGGGCCGCCGCACCGGCACUCGGAGAACGCGCGCCGCUGGCUUGAGCAGUACUACCUGGGCGAGCUCGACGAAGACCAGCCCGAGGAGGAAGACGCGCCCCAGCAGCAGCAGGAGAGCUGUCUCAAACAAUGGAGCUCCGCCAGUCCUCCGGAAGUGACAAAGGCCAAAGAGAUGGAUACCAGAUAUAAAGUAGUGGAUGUAGACCAGGACCUUGUGGACUGGAGUAAGCCUUUGCUGUGGCAAGUGGGCCACUUGGGGGAGAAGUAUGAGGAAUGGGUGCAUCAGCCAGUAGAUCGGCCCAUUCGCUUAUUCCACUCGGAUUUCAUUGAGACUUUAUCCAAAACAUCAUGGUAUGUAGUCUGUGUGGUCUGGAUUCCAGUGGUGCUUUAUCUCACCUGGUACUCCUACACAACUCUUGCCCAGGGCGAUACCAGGCUGUUUUCGACAUUCACAACAGCAUACUCCAUCUGUGUUCACAAAUACUGGUUCCUGUUGCUCUUUAUUGUGGGAAUGUGUAUCUGGUCCUUCUUAGAAUAUAUCAUCCACCGCUUCGUCUUCCACAUGAACCCGCCUGCGAACAGCUAUUACCUGAUCACCCUGCACUUCUUGCUGCAUGGCCAGCAUCACAAGUCUCCGUUUGAUGACUCCCGCCUGGUUUUUCCGCCUGUCCCAGCUUCCCUGGUUGUGGCCUUUUUCUAUGUCCUUACCUAUAUCUUAUUCCCUGAAGCAUUUGCGCUCUCCCUCUUGGCCGGGGGGCUCUUUGGCUACGUUGUCUAUGACAUGAUGCACUAUUACUUGCAUUACGGGUCACCAAAGAAAGGCAGCUACCUGUACAAACUGAAGUCCUACCAUGUGAAGCACCAUUUUGAACACCAGAAAGCAGGCUUUGGCAUAACAAGCACAUUCUGGGACUAUCCAUUUCGGACACUAAUCCCAGAGGAAACCUUUGAGAAGGAAGACUAGCACCUGCUGUUCCCCUGUGUGGUCUUUGGCUCCUGUGUUGCACUCUUCUUGCAGCCCUCUGCUGCCAUCCAGUGGGACUUUGGAGAACUGAAAGAAGCCUAGGACCCGGACACUUGGUACCUCUGCGCAGCUCAUCUUCUGGGAGGAACCCUAGAACUCUGCAGACACUAAUGGAGGGAAAACAGCAGAGUGGCACCAUUGAGCAUCACAGCCAGGGUGAGAUUGCAAGAGGCAAACUGCCCAGCUCAGCUGAGGGCUAUAUUUGAAACGCCUCACGAUCCACAUAAGUAACAAUCUUAUUUUUGAGCAUAUGCAACAAAUGACUAGGAUUCAUAUCCUGUGAUGUGUAAAGUGGCAUGCAAACUGCUCCGGCUGUUAGUGUCCCUGGUAUUUAGCAGAAUGUUUGGGUGGUGGGUGAGGGUUAUAUACUGGUACCAGAUAUAGCUGUGUCAGCAUCCUUCUUGCAUGAUGCAUUCAAAUUGCAUGAUGCCACCCACUUGAUUGACCUCCCAAGGGAAUUAUUAGGGUGAAGGGAUAUUGAUUUCCCAGAAGCUGGCAGCAACCCUGAUCUAUAAGGGGAAUGGAGUGGCUACCCUUUUCAUGCUGGGUGAGAUUCUGAUCUCUGCAGAGCUCUGGAUUCUGGAUUUUGCUAUGCAAUUAUUGGAUACGAGUCGCUGGAGCUGGACGUGAUCUAAGAGGCCAUCAGGACUAGCUACCUGUCCAAAGACAGAGGACCUGGCACCAAAGAGGCCCUAACUUGUCCCCCUCCCACCCCAAUGCAAUUUCUCAACCCAGAAUUUGGGGGUGGAGUGGAAACAUAAUACAGCCUGAUUCAAAAUUGCUGGGAGUUUAGGGGAGUGACUGAGUUAAAGACCACAGUCAGCGAAGGCAGAGGUAGGGGUUUAAAGAAGAACCAUGGCAGAAAGAAAGGGUAUUCCAAGUUUUGAAUGGGCAGAAAGAAGAAUGGGUCCCUUUAUGCAAAAUAACAGAUAAAUUAAUGUGGCACAAAUUAUAUAUUGCAGAAAACAAUUUAACUCAAGUCAAAUACAAAUAGUUCUAAUCUUUCCAAAAGGAUACUGUCUAGAACUCUUCAGAAGAUUGUAUUGAGUAAACUUAAUUCAGCUUUGGUUUGUAUUACUCCAUAGCUUUCACAUUCCAGUUAAUUUGCAAAUCCACAUUGGGCUGCUAAUGAGUUGUAUUCUGAGUCCACUUACAUGCCUUACUUCUCUUCCUCUGAUGGGGUGACAGUCUUUAACCUGUUCUAGCAUGUGCCUUAAUCAUCAUGACAUUUGAGAAAAUGCCAGUGGUCCAUAACAGCUACACAUGAAAUACAAAAUAAAAUAAAAUGACUUAGUCCACUUA